AUGGCACUAUUUUCUGGACCGGUGCAGUUCGCAUCGACCAAAACAACAUCCCAGAACGCAACCACCAAGUCCGGCGCCGCGCUUGUCAUGGUCUGGCUAGGCCUCGCCGCCGACGACAGCGAAUUCGCCAUCCGGACCUUUGUAACAUCCAUUAUGAGAAACCCUGUACUGGGCUCAACAACUCGGGGAGACAAUCGGAAUCUAUACGCGGGGCUUGAGAGCUCGCUCGGCGCGAAGGUCGUACGCGCGAAGCAGCCUUCAUCGAAUCCUACCUGGGCCCCAGAUCUCCCGCAAUUGAUUCUGCAGUCGUCGGCUCAGAAGUGCAAGGAUCCUCGCGACGUCUUUGCGCUGUUGGGAAUACCCCUCAGCGUUGCUGUUUGGAGAGAGCAAAAAGCAGAGGGAUUCCGAGUUGAUUACUCUGGGAGUGCGGAGCAGGUGUACUCUGACGUGUUCCGCUACUUUGGCUCUACUUUAGAGCCUGCUGCAAUGGAAGAGUUUUCCACGAAGUUAGUGGUGAUCCUGGGGGUACAGUCAUCUCACGAGGUCGUCAACGGUGCAUAUUUGUGGACCAAGGGUUUCGCCGCGAACGCCGAGCUGCUCUAA